UUAUACAAACUAAUUGCCUAAGCGCCAAUAGAAAUCUAGUCUUGUUUACCGACUGCGAACCUUGAUUUUAACAAUUUCGCAAACAGUGUAAAAAACUCCGAUUAGAAAUGAAACUAUUUUCGUCGUGGAAAGUAGUUUUGAGAACCGACGCGUUGUAGGUAGUCGUCUCCUGCUCUGCAAGGUGAUUAAGGGUACUCCGAAGAUCAUUUUGAGAUAUUCGCGCGUCGUGGGGAUUGCACGCAAAUGCCCGUCCCAAGUUAGAUGAACUUGAAAAGAUCAUCUUCGGCGGUUAAUCGAUGAGUCAUUCCGUAUCAAUCUACAUCAUAUCCUCGACAGUCCAUUAUCACAGCGAUAAAAAAAACCUUUAUCGGUUAGUAGCACUGGGAACCUACAACCGCUGUCAAUAAAAUACCACCAACUGAAAUAAUGACGAGAAAGUAUACGUGUACUACUUUAAUGGUCAUUCUGCUAUUGAUUCACGCAAGGACAUGUUUUGGCCUGCGAUGCUACAAAUGCGACUCCCAAGAGAUCGACGGAUGCCUCAAGUACACCAAACCCAAGAACUACACGUGCGGAAGUAAAAUGAGCUACUUCAGACAGGUCUGCGAGUAUAGCGUUUUGUACGAUACGGAGAAGAAGAUACACCAGGUGCACAGCGGAUGCGAGCUGAUAAACGAGAAAGAUCCCGUUGACACCAGCUUGGUUAGGAGUUGCAUCGACACCCCGAGCAAUAUUCAAGUGGUCGAGUGCAGAGUGUGCGAUAGGGACUUGUGCAAUUCGGCGAGUGGGGCAAAUGUCUCCUGGUUUGUUUAUUUCGUCAUGAUUUAUGCAAUGAGUUCAUUGAGGUGAAUAUUGUGUGCUGUAACGAUUUGAACUCUGAACUCUGAGGUGGUCAUUCUGAAUCGAUAGUACAAUUGUCUCUUUGCGUGUCACUUUGCAAUAAUGCUGUAGGUAUAUCGUUCUUAUAAUGAAAGUGUAAAUUAUCCAAUAAAUAGGUACAA